AUUGAUAAUUUGUUAAUACAAUUGAUUAAUACGAAAAAAAAAAAUGCAUUUGCUGGUUCAGCCAAGAAGCAGGAACAAUUACCUCAAUGUUCUCGUCAUAAAUGUGAUGGAGAAUGAUUGCAUCCAUGCAAGCAUAGUGGAUUUGGUCGAUGCGAAGUACUUCCCUGGCCCAAUCGCUGAGGGUUUCCUCCUUAUUGAGGACAAUGCCGGUAACCUCCAGAGCCAAUUGUUAAGCGGAUUCCAACGCGACAAGUGGGUUGUGCAGAACUGA